AUGACCCCCCGAGUGACCGCUGAGCAGGACCCGUGGCAGGAGUGUCCCCUGAGCACCACCACGCUGGCCCCGGGGGGGUCCCUGAGCAGGACCCGUGGCAGGGAGUGUCCCCUGAGCGCCACCGCGCUGGCCCCGGGGGGGGGGGUCCCGUUUUUGGUGCUCCCUCCCCCCGGCCGCCACCGUCACCUUCGUGCCCCUGGAGCUGCGCGUGCUGCCCGGGACCACCGGGACCCCCCCCGGGGGCCACCGGGACCACCAAGAGCCCCCCCGGGGGCCACCGGGACCACCGAGAGCCCCCCGGGGGCUACCGAGACCACCGGGACCACCGGGACCACCGGGACCCCCCCUGGGGCUACCGAGAGCCCCCCCGGGGCCACCAAGGACACUGAGGCCACCGGGACCCCCCCCAAAAGCUCCGAGACCUCCGAGGCCACCGAGAGCUCCCCCGGGGCCACCGGGACCCCCCCCCAAAAUGCCGGAGCCCCCUCCCCCCGUGCCCCCCCCCCUGUUCCAGCGGACGCUCUUCAUCGACCAAGUCGUGCUGCCGGGACCCCCCCAGAACGUGUCGGUGUCGGCGGGGGGGGGCGCGGGGGGAGCUGUGCGUGCGCUGGGCCCCCCCCCCCCGGGCCCUACCUGCACUCCAGCCUGGUCUUCGAGCUGGCGCUGAGCCCCCCGGGGGGACCCCCAAAAACGGUGGGGGUCCCCGCGGGCCGGCGCGAGCAGGGGGUCGGGGGGCUGCGGGCCAGCACCCCGUACUCGGUGCGGGCCCGCGCCCGCCCGGACGGGCUCAGCUACGGCGGCUUCUGGAGCCCCUGGUCCGCCCCCGGCAGCGCCACCACCGCCCCCGAGCUGGACGCGGUGACCUUGGGGCUCUCGUGUCUGCUGGUGCUGCUGGUGCUGGGACUGGGAGCACUGGGACUGCUGGGACACCGCCGGACGCUGCGGGCCAAGCUGUGGCCGCCGGUGCCGGGCCCCGAGCGCGAGUUCGAGGGGCUCUUCAGCGCCUACGGCGGCAACUUCCAGCUGUGGCUGUUCCAGACCCCGGGCUCUCCGUGCGCGCCCCCCGCCCCGCCCCCGCUGGAGGCCGAGGAGGCGCUGGAGGAGGUGGGGGAGGGGCCGGGGGACGCCCCUCCCCCCGAGGCCGAGGCCCCGCCCCCGGGCCCCGCCCCCCCCGCGCAGGGCCCCUCCCCCUCGCCCAGUUUCGAGUACACGCUCUUCGACCCCGGCCCCGCCCUGCUCCGCCCCUCCCCCCGCCCGCCGGGCCCCGCCCCCUACGCCAACCUGGGCCACGCCCACAAGGGGGCGGAGCCCAAGUGGGCGGGGCACGCCCCCCACUACGUCAUCUGCUCCUGAGGCGGGCGGGUGACGUCACACGCGGGCGCCGCGACGUCGCCGCGGGGGGAAGGCGUCGCGGUGACGUCACACGGAAGGGACAGAUGACGUCAUCGCGGAGGGGACGCGUCGCGGUGACAUCACACACGGGAGCGAUGACGUCAUCGCGGAGGGGACGCGUCGCGGUGACGUCACACGGAAGGGACAGAUGACAUCAUCGCGGAGGGGAUGCGCCGCGGUGACAUCACACACGGGAACAAUGACGUCAUCGUGGAGGGGACGCGUUGCAGUGACGUCACACGGAAGGGACAGAUGACGUCAUCACAGAAGGGACACGUCGCGGUGACGUCACACAGGGGAACGAUGACUUCAUCGCGGAGGGGACACGUCACGGUGACAUCACGCACGGGAAUGAUGACAUCAUUGCAGAGGGGACGCAUCGCGGUGACGUCACACGGAAGGGACAGAUGACGUCAUCGCCGAGGGGACACGUCGCGGUGACAUCACUCGCGGGAACGGUGACGUCAUCGCGGAGGGGAGGUGUCGCAAUUACAUCACAGAAAAGGGACGACGCGUUGCGGUGACGUCACACGGUGACAUGAUGACGUCACUGCGGAGGAGACGUGGCGCGGGGUGACGUCGCACGGGGACGCGGGUGACGUCAUCACAGAGGGACACGUGACACUGUGACAUCAUCACAGAGGGACACGUGACACUGUGACAUCAUCACAGAGGGACACGUGACACGAUGACGUCACAGGGGGCACGGUGAUGUAAUCACAGAGGGACACGUGACGCGGUGACGUCACACAGGGCGCAGUGACGUCAUCGCGGGGGAGGGGCCGCGGAGGGAGGGGGCGGGGCCGGUGGGACGCGGAAUUUCUCCUGCUUUGGGUUUUUAAUGAUUUUGGACAAUAAAAACAACA